ACUUCUACUCAUGUGUGCAUGCAGGCAUCAAUGCUUGUCCUGCGCAGUAGCUGACCAACACUCCAUCACCACUUUGGUUUCCUGCCUCUUUCUCUCUCACUUCAGGAGGAGGAAGAAGAAGAACAGAUCAGUUGAGUUUAGACAGGCGGGCGGGCACCAACGCGAAAGCCUCUCGGAGAGUUUUUCGCCAUCAGAACAAGUUUUAGAAGCGCUUACUUAUGAACUCUAGGUCUUAGCCUUUAUUUUUUUUUUCCUUUAUGAAGGGAAUGAAUCUUUUUCCACUUGAAGUUUUUUUCCCACCACAACCGGUUUUGAGGAGGCGGUGAGGCAGCAGCAGCAGCAGCAGCAGGAGCAGCAGCAGCCGCGCCAAACUCACAAUGCGCCCUGAGUGAGCCGAGGCAGGGAGACAAUACAGACCGCACCGAGAGGAGCUGCCAUCUCCCCACCCGGGAUCUCCCCGAUUUUUUUUUUUUUUUUACUACUUCUCUCUUCAGAGCAUUGUUCCAGAAAGGCUUUUGUUUUUUUUUUUUGCUUCUACCCACAGCCGGCUAAGCGAGCUGUUCAGAGUGGGGGGAAAACAAGUGGGAUCUGAUCUCCAAACUCAGCCAUGACGUCUCCGGCGAAAUUCCGAAAGGACAAGGAGAUCGUGGCCGAAUAUGAAACUCAAGUUAAAGAGGUCCGAGCCCAGUUGGUGGAGCAGCUCAAGUGUUUGGACCAGCAGUGUGAGCUGAGGGUUCAGCUGCUUCAGGACCUGCAGGACUUCUUCAGGAAGAAGGCAGAGAUUGAGAUGGACUAUAGCCGAAACCUGGAGAAGCUGGCUGAGAGGUUCCUCACAAAGACACGCAGCACCAAGGACCAUCUACUCAAGAAGGAGCAGACCAUCUCAUCUCCGGUGAACUGCUGGAACCUGCUGCUGCUUCAGGUGAAGAGGGAGAGUCGGGACCACGCCACUUUGUCCGACCUCUACCUCAACAACAUCAUCCCACGGUUCGCGCAGAUCAGCGAGGACUCGGGGCGCCUCUUCAAGAAGAGCAAAGAGGUUGGCGUACAGCUGCAGGAAGACCUGAUGAAAGUCCUCAAUGAACUUUACACGGUGAUGAAGACGUACCACAUGUACAACACCGACAGCAUCAAUGCCGAGUCCAAGCUGAAAGAGGCGGAGAAGCAGGAGGAGAAGCAGAUGGGACGCUCCAGUCGACAGGAAGACAAGCAGACCCCGCGCUCCCCCGACACGCUGGGCAACAUCAGGACCGAAGAGAGAGUCGUCCGCCGUUCCAGUGUGAAAAAAAUCGAGAAGAUGAAGGAGAAGAGACAGGCUAAGUACACAGAGAACAAGCUGAAGGCCAUCAAGGCCAGGAAUGAGUACCUACUGGCGCUGGAGGCCACCAACAGCUGCGUCUUCAAAUAUUACAUCCAUGACCUCUCUGACAUCAUUGAUUGCUGCGACCUGGGCUACCAUGCCAGCCUGCAUCGAGCCCUGAGGACCUACCUGUCCGCGGAGCAGAACGUAGAGACGUCUAAACACACGGGUUUGGAAACACUGGACGGAGCGGCAGAGAGCCUGGAGCCCAACGGGGACAAGCAAAAACUGAUGGAGACCUACAACAACGUCUUCUGCCCACCAGCCCGAUUUGAUUUUCAGUCCCACAUGGGGGACACGAUGGGAAUGAUGUGUGCACAACAGCCACUGGAAGUGGACCUCCAUCAGAGGUGUCAGUCGCUGCAGUCGCGCCUCUCCACUCUUAAGAUCGAGAAUGAAGAGGUGAAGAAGACCAUGGAGGCCACUAUGUCCACCAUCCAGGACAUGGUGACGGUGGAGGACUACGACGUCUCCGAGUGCUUCCACCACAGCAACAGCAUGGAGUCGGUGAAGUCCACGUUCAGCGAGUCGUAUCUGAGCAAACCGAGCCUGGCCAAGCGGCGUGCCAAUCAGCAGGAGACUGAGCAGUUUUACUUCACGAAGCUAAAGGAGUUUCUGGAAGGCAGGAGUCUGAUCACCAAACUGGAGGCCAAGCAUGACUUAAUCCAGAAGACCCUGGGAGAGAGUCAGAAAACCGACUGUUGCCUUGCCAGUGGAAGGAGAAAUUCAACCUUGCGGAAGCAGGAUUCAGGUGAAGCCAUUCCGCUGAUGGUCGAGAGCUGCAUCCGCUUCAUCAGUCGCCAUGGUCUGCGGCAUGAGGGCAUCUUCAGGGUGUCUGGAUCGCAGGUGGAGGUCAAUGACAUCAAGAAUGCCUUUGAGAGAGGCGAGGACCCUCUGGCAGGGGACCAGAAUGACCAUGACAUGGACUCUAUUGCUGGAGUCCUGAAGCUCUACUUUAGAGGCCUGGAGCACGCCCUCUUUCCUAAAGAAGUCUUCCAUGACCUCAUAUCCUGUGUCUCAAUGGAGAGCCUCCAGGAGCGAGCGGUCCACAUUAGAAAGGUUCUGCAAGGCCUGCCAAGUAAAACGCUCAUCAUCAUGAGAUACCUGUUCGCCUUCCUCAACCAUCUGUCCCAGUACAGUGAGGAAAACAUGAUGGACCCCUACAACUUGGCCAUCUGCUUCGGCCCGACCCUGAUGUCUGUCCCUGAAGGCCAUGACCAGGUCUCCUGCCAGGCUCACGUCAACGAACUCAUUAAAACUAUCAUCAUCCACCACGACAGCAUCUUCCCAGGCCUGCAGGACCUGCCAGGCCCUAUAUACACAAUCCCUGGAGCUGGUGACGACUUCUGUGACAGUCUGCAGUGUGAGCCCCCCCUAGUGGAAGAGCCGGCACCUGACACCGUCUCAGUCAGCCACAACAGUGAAGAUGGCACCUUGGCUGUUUCAGAGUCUGAACCGGUCGAAGCCAUCGCCAAGUUCGACUACACGGGCCGCUCUGGUCGGGAGCUGACGUUCAAAAAGGGCGCCUCUGUCCUGCUGUUCCAGCGAGCCUCCGACGACUGGUGGGAGGGGCAGCACAACGGAGUGGACGGUCUGGUGCCGCACCAGUACAUCACUAUCCAAGAGACAUCUGAUGCUGAACGCGGCAGUCCACAGCCUGAAAUGGACAGCAGGGACCAGCUGGAGGAGAGGGUGUCCACUCGGGGCACUGCACCGUCCCCCACAGGAGGCCAUGUGGCCGACAUCUAUCUGGCCAACCUCAAGCUGAAGAAACGGCCCGAGCCCGGGAACAUCCGGAGAGCGUUCAGAUCGGAGAGCGACAGCAUGAGUCCAGCGGCCAGCAGCAGUGGGGCAGGAGGUGCCAGAACAGCGCCUCUCACUGGUGGAGCUCAGGUGAAAGACUCGGGAGACAAACGUCCCGUCAGCGCUCACAACAUCCUCAACUCGGUCACUCGGCACUCUUCUCUCAAAACAAAGGUGGAGAGUCCACAGUUACGGAAGGCGACCCCCGCAGGACGCUCCAAGAGUUUUAGCAACCACAGACCCCUGGACCCUGAGGUCAUAGGUCAUGUGGAGCUCACCGCACAGGACACCCAGGACUCUGCCCUGAGCGAGCUCAGUAAGUUUGAAAGACAAACGCCCUCCAAACACACGCACACCCCUGACGUGGUGCUGGACACACUGGAGCAGCUGAAGGGCAUGAGCGGAGGUGGCGGAGCUUCCGAGCCCUCCAGCCCGCUCCACUCCCGUCUGCUGCGGGACAGCGAGGGCGGCCCCUCUUACGUCCACCCGCUCCAGCGCAGUGCCUCGUCGGCGAGCGACGUUCCCUCAUCUUUCCGCCCUCCUAAGACCCAGCCACGGAGCCCGCUGCCAUCUGCCACGUCCCCCUCCCUGUCUUCGUCGACCCUCUCCUCGUCCGUACCUUCCUUCAGGGAGGUGCGUCCACCGGCGACCAGACCGAAACCCGUGGUGUUCCCAAAGGGAGGAGGGACCGGGAGCCCGGCUAUGGGCUCUCCAACCUCCAUCGUCCCCCCAACGCCGCCUCCUCCGCUCGUGGGCCACACACACUCACUCGCCCACACGCCCCCUCCUCCUCCGCCCCCUCCACAGUCCACUGACAAAUCCUGUCCCGCUUAAUUUGUCCUAAAUUCAUUCUAACAAUCCUUACAGCUCUUUCAGUGAGUGCAUCAAGCACUUCAGUUGUUUCACAUAACCCCUCUACUCACAUGUAGCAGUUUCUUAGCAACCGCUUUGGUGUCAUUGUCUUUAGCAGGAAGAGUGUGCCCUCUGCUGGCAGCUCUGCUUUACUACAAGGUGUAGCUUGGAUUUUUCUUUUCCUCUGCAGAAGAAUCUCCAAACAACGCUGGAUUUUAAAACCUCCAGCAGGGGAACAACAUCUGGAGACUACACACACUAAAAUUUUUUGGGGGGGGUAGCAAGGGUUUGCAUAUGAAAUUAUGUUUGAGUGCGAGUGUAAGAGUUAUUUGCCUUUGCGAAGGAGCUCUAUGUGUAAAGAACAAAAAGCACUGUUUAAUUUUUGUAUAAUAGACAUGACAGGGUGUUUUUUUUUUGACAACCCUGUGUGUGGAGAAACAGAUGGGAGUGUUUGAUUUACGAGAACAGACUGCGAAAGCCAAGCUCCCACUUUGAAGAACCGAAACACACUGACUUGCUGCUUCAAAAGAGGCAGAUGGGAUUUUUGUUUUCUCUUUGGAACGAUGAGAGAAAGGAAAAACUUGGCCAAAUAACAGUGUAACUCACGUGAUCAAGAGCUUUAUUUACCUCUCCUUCAGUGUUUUAAUACAUCUGUGUUUUUUUUUAUUGCAUAACAUAAACAUGUACCUAAUAUGGCCAACAGUAAUUCUGAAUCUAACAUAGCAAUAAAAUAAUGAAAGCAAAAAGUUUGGCGGUAUGAAGCUGCUGUAGUGCAGCAGCUUUGCCGUGUGUCUGUGUGUAGGGGACCACUGAAACCCAGCGUCUUUAUAUGGCAUUUUUUUGGACUGUGCACACAUUUUCCCCUAAUGUGUGGUGAUUUGAGGCAGCUACACGCCCUUCAGGUUUUUAUCAUGCAUGCUGGGGCCACUCACAAUACCAACUAGCCGAACCGGGGAUGCCAGCUGUAACACAAGUUCCAAAAAGUCCAUAAUUUAGAAGUAAAGAAAACAUCUUGAUCUUGUGUUUUUACUAUUUAAUAAUCAUGUUGAUAACUGGAAGCAUGCAGCUGAGGAUCUUCCUGAGUGUGUGCACAUGUAAGCACAACCAACCACCUCAUCUUCUGUGUUCCCAAGUUUAUGCCAAGAAUUGGUUGGGUGGGGGAAAUUAUGGACUGUUAUAUCUAUCUGUAUGCAUGUGUGUAAGCGUGCACAUGCAUGGAUAGAGAGUACUUAUGCACCUCCCCAGCCUGCACAUAAAUGAAUGCCAACUGAAAACUACAUUCAGGAGACACGUGGGACGCCAGUUCUCAAUAUCCUGAAAAUGUGUCAUUUACAGCUGCAAAUGUAUUUCUAUUUCCCUUUAGUUUUUUCACAUUUUUGCUACAUUAAAACCAUAAUGUUAAAUAUAUUUUAAUAGAGUCUUAUAGGAUCAACUCAACACAAAGUAGCUCAUAAUUGUGAAGUGGAAGGAAGGAAACAAUGGGGUUUGUUUUAUCCAAUACACCUCAGCAGUAUUCAGUUUCCUCCAGUAGUCACCUAAUUACUAAAGAGUCUGAGUGCAAUUUCACCUCAGUAUAAAAACAGCUGUUCUGCAAAACAAUGAUGGAUAAUUGUCGUAUUGUAGAAUUGUGAUGUAUGAUGAUAAAUAUCAAAUAUAACUGAUGAUGUUUGCAAAAAAACCCAAAACUGACAGUAUGGUUAGUUCAUUUUACUGUUUGAAGAAUUAUUUUCCUUGUUGACUCCAUGAGAGAGUCAGUAUAUAUCAGUACAAACGAAUAUAUGAUUAAUUGCAAUUACAGUGUGUUGGUUGGUGACCGUAUACACUGACAGACUUUUACUGUUACCACAAUAAAUCCUGUAGAAUAUCAUAAAAGUUUAUGUUGUUAUUCCAUUCCUACUGUGAAGGCUUCAGAGGUUUGCUGGAGAACAUUUGUGAACAAACAGCAAGAUGAAGACCAAGGUUCUUAUGAGAGAAUCUGCUGGCAGCUCCAAGUAGUAAUGGUACCCUUCACAACAAAUCUGGUAUUUAUGGAAAGAAGGUCAAUGUGGAAAGUAGUUUGGCCAAGAUAAUUUAGCAGAAAGAGCAAAAAAUUUGGGAGAACGUGUUAAACAUUAACUUUCUAGCCUACAUACACAAUGGUGACACACCAGGGCAUGGUGGUGGCAGCACUGUGCUGCUCUUCAGCAGGGAUAGGGAAGCUGGUCAGAGUUAAUCAAAAGAUCGCAUAAGGCUAAAUGCAGGACAAUCCUGGAAGAAAGCCUGGUGUUCUUCUCCCAGCAGUGUGUGUUAGACCUGAGUCCAAUUAAGGACCUGCAACAAAACUUGAAAGGAGAUGUUCACAGACACUCCAGUUGGUAAAUCCAUGUCUAUAGACUUUCAGCUGUGAUUGCAGCAAAAUGUUGUUCUACACAAAAGUAAUACAAGAGACUGAAUACAAAUGCUCACCAUAAUUUUCAGAUUUUCCCCUGCAAACUUUUCAAACCAUUCACCUUUUGCGUUAUGCACCACUUUGUGUUGGGAGAUCAUGUAAAAUCCUACGAAAAAAUAAAAUAAAACACUCAAGUUUAUGGUUGUAGCGUGACAAACUGUGAAAAGAUUUAAGGGAUGCUAUUACUUUUGCAAGGCAUUGUAAAUGAGGAACAAACCAGCUAAGAUAGCUGAUGUGUUGUCUUCAGUCAUUGUAGCAGCCCUAGCAGUGGCAGACAAGCUUGCUGUCAUUAGAAAGACAAUGCGAAAACCAACAUUUCUGGCCUUUUUUUUUUGUCUUAUUUUCCCUUUGCAAAAAGGAAUUUGCAUUAUGUGAAAAAAAAAGAAACUCACAGUAAGAGAGCACAAAUCCAUGUCUUUUCAGUGUAUGUUACCCUUUUUGGAAACAUAUUACAUGGGAUCACAGCUUCCCCUCUCCCCCAGCUCUACAGCGCAAUCUGCAUUCCUGUAAUGAACUGUAUCUGUCAAGUCUCUUUGAAAUCUUUGUAUAGUUUUUGUGCAUACCUGGUGUAUUUGUGUUGCUCUUACCUCAAUAUCACAACUGGAGGGACUGUGAAAUGCAGAACCAUUACUGUUCACGUGUACAGUACAAACAUGCAUGUGGGUGGUUGGUGCAUUUGUGAAAAGGUGCAAAAGAUCUUCUGUGAACUCUAAUCAGUUAUUGUGCACUUGGCUUGCAUGUGGACUAACUGUGUGGGAAUGAUGUGUUGGAGUUGAAUAUUGUUGAUGAGUAUGCAUUUUUUUGUGUGUGCAUUUGGGGGGGGAGGGAAAUCACAGAACUAAAAAAAAAGACAAUAAUGUCAAAUCUAUUUAUAAUUGUCUCUGUAUUACUGGAGAAUCAUGUGCUCAGAUGUACUUUGUAUAUACAAUGUUGUACAUUACAGAGGUACACUUUUGGUACAGUAUUGUACAGUAAUAGCAAUAGUAGUUUAAUCAAACAGGCCUUAUAUAAUUCUAUGUGUAGUUCUUGUAGUAGAUCUGUUUUUUUUUUAAUAAACAUGGCUUGCUAUAAAA